GUGAAAACAAUAAUUGAGUGAAAUGUAAAAGUGAAAUUAUGUACGUAUUAAAUAACAUCCCUUUGACGAAUAAUUUCUAUUUCUUGUAUAUAUUAACCAAAAAUUUGAUUACAUUUCGAAAACGUGAAAAUAAAUUAUAAUGCGCGUGCGUUGCGGCGAAUUGUAAAAUAUUAAGAACCCAACCUUAUCUGAUAAUCGUGACAAACGUCAAGUGCGAUUCUGUUUCGUACUGAUCAGUUAAAACUCGAAUGAUUCGUUUGUUUGGAAAAGGAAAUUCAAAAGAGACAAUGGCUAGUCGUAAAAAAGUUGAUAAGUCAUCUCGAUCGGUAUCCAAAAAUACAAGACAGCUUAAUUCAGAUACAACGUUUCCAUUCUCAUCGUCAUCCGACGAAGACGAUCAGCUGUCCGUAAGACGCGACAAAACCAUAACUCAGGAUCAACCAAGUAGAAAUCGUAGUGUUGAAAAUGAUCAACAGACAGGUCAAGAUAUUUCACGUCGUGAAGAAAAUCCAUUUAGCUUUAAGCACUUUUUAAAAGGCGAAUGUCAAACUAAUUAUUACAAAACCGGUGCAAGGCCAAAGAUUUAUUCAUCAUCUACGACGAGUCCAAACAAUGUUGAAAAAGAUACCGGUGUAUUUUCUAGAAAUCCAACCGAAUUACCAGAUUUCGUACAAGAUCAUUUAGUCAUAGAACAAUGCUACUUAAAUCAUGUAUUCCCUCCACAAGGUGUACCUGAUGUCGAUAAUCUUCCUGAUUUUGCAUUGAACAGCGUAGAGCAAAGGCAAUUACGGUAUAGAAAUGAUCCGAAAAAGUUGCUGCCCCAACUAUUGCCCGAUAUUCCUUUCGAUCUUACUGGUUCGAAAGCUAUAUCUCAAAAUGAUUAUUUUCUUUCUAAUGCUACAUGUUCGAAUAGCAUUAAUAUACCUGUAUUUAACGCGGUCGAUAAUAUUAUUGAGAAUUCUGAGUCAGCUUCAGAUUCGGGAGAACCAGAAGUUAGUAAUAAUGUCGUUACGAGAGAUUGCACGCCGACAACUGAUUCAAACGUACCAAAAUUAUUACCAGAUUUUUUAAAUGACGGCCCAAUUCAUAGUAGAACGAAUCUUUCCAAUGAUAUUGGAUCUAACUCGCAACCUAAUAUGGUAGAAUCAACAGACCGAAGGCUUUUAUUAGAAAAUGAUAGGCUGAGGCAAGAGUUGGACGUGGCUUAUAGAAAAAUUAAUGAAAAAUCAAUUAGAAUUCAAAUGUUAGAAGCAGAAUUGACUUUUAGGAAAGAAGUAGACUUCGAAGAUAUGGCACAACUUGAAAAAGCAGUGGAACAAGUUGAAAAUGAUUUAAAACGUAGUACGAGAAGAGCGCUCAGUGCAGAAAAGACAGUAACAUCGUUAAAAAAAGAAAUUAAGACAUUAACGUCAGAGCUAUCGCAGCUACAAUUGGAAAAUAAGAAUCUUAAGUCUGCCAUUACUGUUAACAAAAAGAAUGAAUGCGAUGAAUCUUCAAAUAACAUAGAUAGAACUGUGCGAAGACUCGCCGGUGAAUUAAGAACUGCUGCUUCAACGGCUGAAAUCUCAUUGAGACAAUUGAUGUCUGGAGUGGAGAAUCUAAGGGUACUUGCUUCUAUCCUUGAAAAUGUGGACAGAAUAGAAGAUACGACCAAAGAUUUCGUAGCCGAUUCGGAUGAAAAUAAUGCUGCUGGUCCUGCGAUCUGAAAGAUCCUAUCUAAAUCGCAUUAACGUUUCCAUAAUACAAAUCUAUCAUACCUCUCUUUUAUAUUCACCUCAACCAACGCUAAGUUCCUCAUGCUCUCUCGCAAUAGUGCAGGGCAUAUUUGCGUCGAUUGAUAAUUUAGACUCAAUUGUGUAAUAUGUUAUUUAUGACGUGUUUGUUGUACUUUUAUAUUAGUUAAGAAUAGAUUCUAAAAUGCAUCUAACUUCGACACAUAAACAAACAAACAAAAAAACGUACAGAGGUACAAGGGCGUACGAGACGAGUAACGUUCUGUUUAUAAUAUUUCUCUUUGAAGGAUCUUUAAAUCGGAUAAUUGAAACAACUGUUGAAUAUUAACUAAAGUUAAGUAAUCGCCAUUAGGCGUUAAUUAAGGGAUAAGCAAACAAGUGUUAUAUUUUUCAUAUACAUAUUUUUGAGUACGACCAAAAUGACAGUGUAACCGUAAGUACGUACCUCAUAUUCAUACAGAAUAAUACGUUGAUUCGUGCAACGCAAUUUUAAUGAAUAUCGUUUUAAUAAAUACACGCCGAUCCAAGAGGA